GGUAAAAUAGUGUUUGCAGUGAAUUGCCUUGAUAAAUGUUAAUGUGGAGCAGAAUGGUGUCUCCUGCUCCCCCCUUUUGUCUCCUUCACAGGAGUGGUGUUUGGUUGCCGCACUACAUGAAUGAGAAGAGAAAUGAGGAAGAGCUGGGCAGAUGUGGUGCGCAGGGUGGAGCAGCGGGCCCAGUCUUUCCAGCACCAUCCCCUGGGCUCUCCUUACAAGCCCCGGCUGUCACGGCCCUGGCAGCCGACCUCCGUGUGGAAGUUGUUCCCUCGGCAGAGCGGGGCCCUUGCCUUUGCCCAGGGCUGCACGCAGGAGGUGCACGUGUUUGCGCUGGAGAAGGAGCAGGCCACGGGUGGCCAAAGGAUCUACUUGGUGACCAGUUACACGGAGCUGUGGCACUAUUACAGAACCUACCGGCACUCCCUCAUGCAUUGCUACGAGGUGAUUCCGGAAGGUGCUGUUUGCAGACUGUACUUCGACUUGGAGUUCCACAGACCUUCCAACAGAGGUUUGGAUGGUGUGUCCAUGGUCCUGAGGCUCAUUCAGUUUGUGUGCUGGAAGCUGGACGACACCUACGGGGUGAAGUGCUCUUGUGAACAUGUGCUGAACUUGGACUCCAGCACCAAUGAGAAGUUCAGCAGGCAUCUCAUAUUCCAUGUGCCGAACGCCGUGUUCAAGGACAAUCUUCAUGCUGGACGAUUUGUACACAAGAUUCUGCAGCCGGCGCUGGACUCCCUCCGUAGAUCGCGGCUGGUGGGGACGCUAUCCAGACACGAGGCGGUGCGGGACGCUCUUGGUUCAGAACCCCCCUCCCCUGUGGAAAACCUGCAGCCAGCAGCCAGUCCACAGGCUGAGAAGCGGAGACAUGGGGAGGAGGACCUCAGCUUCCUGUUGGUGAAGGACAAAGAUGGGCAGGACCAGCUUUUUGUGGACCUUGGUGUUUACACAAAGAACAGAAAUUUCCGCCUGUACAAGUCCUCCAAAGCAGGGAAGAAUGUUGCCUUCAGCUUAGCUGAGGACAAUGCAUUUGUUCCGCCCCCAGACAAGCAAAGGUGCACAGAAGAACGUGUAUUCCUGACUUCCCUGGUUACUAACAUCAGUUUUACAGGACAGAAGAUUCUGACGUCAGAUGCCCCCGAGGUGACGGAAACCAGGCGGCUUCUUCUUGCACCUCAGUCUUUGCCUCGUGCCUCAGAUUCUGUAGCAGGACACCAGCUCUCACCUUACAAAGAAGUUGAUGAUUUCAUCCUCCGUUUGAUCCACAGGGAUGCCGUUCAAGGAGCGAUUAGGCGUUGGAGCUACUUUGUCUCGGAGCAGCUGCUUGUUUACGACAUCCUCAAGUACCGCUGGUGUGGGAACGUGGGCCGCUUCCACAGGAGCAACAACAUCAUGAUUGUGGUGGACCUCAAACAAGAAGUUUGGUACCAGAAGUGUCAUGACCCCAUGUGCAAGAGUCAGAAGUACAGAUCUCCAAGUUGUCCGCUGCCACAGGAGAUCUGCAUGAGCUGCCUGCUGAAGGAGGAUGAUGAAGACCAGGAGUACCUCAUGGAUGAUGCGGGGAACAUCGAGGCCAGUCAGAGACAGGAGGAGAGCAGGGACCUUAGUGGGGCAGAGCUCCGCCAGGCAGGGCAGGAUGAGGGCUGGGAAGAGUGGCCCGACGACCAGGCCCACCUGGAUGCGCUGGAUGAGGUGGAAAGGGCUGCCUGGGAUGAGGUGCCGGAUGAGCUUCUGUUGGACGUGAUGGCCAAGUACGAGUCAUCAGAGUGCGCUGUGGCCGUUUCAAGGGCUGGGGUGGAGCCCCCCGGAGCACAAACAGAGACUUUCAGUUCCCUUUGCAGAAUUGUGACAGAAACUUCACAAAGGUCUCCAUCCAUUCAUACCUAAAAAAAAAGUUCAGAAAGGACAUCUUAUCUUACUGAUGUCACAAAGCACCGUAAUUAUUAGCAUUCUUUCUUAAGCACCUUAUU